UUCCUUCUAUAGUCGAAGAAUAUUAGCAGCGGGUGGUAGAGUCGAGUUUAGGUCCCGGCGGCAGCAUGGAGAUGUCGAGCGAAGAUGCGGUGUUUCUGGACCGCGCCUCUCGAGCCACCAGGGGCAAGAGAAUGACCAAGCUCCUCGACGAUGAAAUCCAAGAAGACGAAUUGUUCUGGAACCAGGACGCUCUCAAAGAGGAAGAAGAAGACGAUAAUUACCAAGAGGAACCCGAGAUCGCCGAUGAAUUCGACUCCGACUUCGACCAAGACGAGCCCGAACCCGAGGAAGAGGACCCUAACACAAUUGACGCCGAUGAAAGGAUGCAUAAGAAGAAGAGGCUGAUAUUUCCGGGGAAGACUCUGGCCAAGAAGAAGAAAAAGAAGAAAGUGUUAUCCAAAUUGGAAAAUUCUCCCAAAGAAGAGGAAAGUUCUGAUAAGGUUGCAGAGGAACAGCAGGAUGAGAUUGGGGAGAGAAUGAUCAGGAAGUCCACUAGGACUUCUGUCAUUGUUCGCCAAGCUGAGAGAGAUGCCAUUCGUGCAGCUCUCCAAGCCACCACCAAGCCGGUCAAAAGGAAAAAGGAAGGUGAGGAGAAGAGAAUGACACAAGAAGAGAUGCUUUUAGAAGCUGCUCAAACAGAGAUUAUGAACUUGCGAAAUUUGGAGCGUGUUUUAGCUAGAGAGGAAGAGGUUAAGAGAAGAGCAAUUGUGCAUAAAACUGUUUAUAAUGGUCCACAGAUACGGUAUAUUUCAAAGGAUGGUUCUUCCUAUUUAGAGUUCAUCAAAGGAUCCUCAUUUCACUCAGAUAUUGCCACAGCGUCUGUACAAUAUCCAGAACAACCUGUUUGCCCAAUUACUGGUUUGCCUGCCAGGUACCGUGAUCCAAAGACUGGUCUGCCAUAUGCUACAAAAGAAGCUUUUAAAGUAAUUCGAGAACGCUUUCUAAAAGAAAGUGCUAACUCUAGAAAGGACAUGAACAUGGGAGGCUUAUAUGAUUCAGUUUCUGGAUGUGGUUUUUCAAUUAAGCAAAAGAGAUCGGUAAUGCCACAUAAAAAUGUCAAUCCUGAUGUUCGGGCCUUAGCUCGCUUUCGUAGAAUUCCUGUUUUUGAGGAUGAAGAUUCUGACUAGCUCCCUUGUGGCUAAUAGUGAAAGAUGUUAUGGUUGUACUACAUCAUGUCCAUGUUUUGGACUUCAGGUUGAGAUAAUAUAAGAAACCGAGUAUUUGAGCUCCGUUUUAGUGCUUUCAAGGAAAUGUUGGUCUCCUGUCUUGGAGCUUGGUAUGCAUUUAUUUAGAAAAAAUGGUCUCUUAUUUAAAUUUGUCUCACUAUAGAAAGAAACAUGAUAUGUCAAAUAUUUAUAUUACAAUUUCUUAGAAGUUUAGUUGUAUAUUUUGUAUAUCUUUGGGUUUGUCAUCUGUUUGGGUUUGUUAGAAGUUUAGUUAGUCAUCUGUUAGGGUUCGGCCAUGAAUGCCUUCAUGUGAAUGUUGGGCUUAAUUUGUCAAAUGCAUCAAAUUUUUUAAACCUGACAUUUGUCUCAGGGAUUAUAAACUGUAACUCCAGGAGAAAUUUACCUACAAUGUCGAAGGUUUUAAUUUUGGAAUCAUCAUUACUA